AAAGCAAAAUCCCAUAUAGCUUAAUUAGCUUUUCUUUCUCUUAUCUUGUUAUAUAAGUUUUAACUCAAUUCUAUACAUACAUAUUUAUAGAACUUUUUCUUCAUUACUUUUGUUAAGAGAAGAUAAAAUUAAGAAAAAUGGAGAAAAGGGUUAUUGAUUAUUUGUUAAUACCAUUGGGACUCUUGGCUAUGGUUCUUUACCAUUGUUGGCUUCUCCACCGAGUUAGACACCAUCCAACCAAGACCGUCAUCGGUGUCAAUGCUAUGUACCGCCGUUUUUGGGUCCGAAAUAUGAUGGAGAAUGUAACGAAAUAUGGAAUGGUUUCGGUUGAGACAUUGAGAAACAACAUGAUGGCGUCGACACUUUUGGCGACGGUUGCCAUCAUGUUGUGUUCGGUCAUCGCGAUUUUGAUGACUACCGGUACUGGUGAAAGUACACAUGAGUUGUUUGUUAUGGGAAAUAAAAGUGAGGCCAGCUUAUCUGUUAAGUACUUUUGUAUAAUGACUUCCUUCUUACUUGCCUUCUUAUUCAACAUCCAAUCUAUAAGGUACUUAAACCAAGCAAGCAUUCUAAUAAAUGUGCCAUACAAAAAGAAAUCAAGAGAUGAUCAACACCAACAAGUGACAGUUGAUUUUGUAGAUAAGAAUGUUCACUAUGGAAGCUUUUUUUGGAUUCUAGGGCUUCGUACUUUCUACUUCUCUUUCACUCUCUUCUUAUGGAUAUUUGGUCCUCUUCCCAUGUUUGUUUCUUGCUUGGUUUUGAUUUUCAUGCUCUAUUUCUUGGAUGUUUCCUUUGAGAACAAAGUUAUUGAUGUUUCUAACAAGGAAAUUACUAUAUAAAAAAAUAUUGAGAUUUAAUAAAAAAUAUAAUAUUUCUUUUAAUUUGGUUGUUAUAUUAUGUAUAGGGUU